CCAGCCACGGCACCACGCGACCUUGCCACCCCAUCUGUGUCUUGAGACGUCUUGCUUUCACCACUCACAGCCCAACGAGCACCACACCAGAGCACCCCAGACCCGAGCAGCGCGGCAACUACUCCCCUCUGGGCCACCCACUGUCAGCUGAGCCACCAUCUCCGACCCACCACGACACACAGCGAACACCAUGAGACGAUAGAGAGAUAAGACAGAGAGCAGGAACCAUGGACUUUACGAUCUCCCUCGCACACUUUUGCGAGACCCACGGUCCGACAUCCAUCAUCUGCACCCAGGCCUCGACCUCGCCCUGCGGCUCCUGCAACCCAUGCGUCACGCCGCCCUCCGAAGAGCCGCACGCGGCCUACUCCUACAACGGCCUGUACGAUCAGCCCACAACCCUCAAGCUUAACCCGCGCCUGCCACAGCUCACCUCGCCCUUCGACUCCCCGCCCAACAGCCCGCGCUCCCCCACGCACAACCCCUACUUCCCAAGCUUGCCCUCUUCCUCUGCCGGUAGUUUCGGCGGAAGGAGACCUAGCAGCACCAUCGACUCCGACUCGGACGCGUGUGAGAACUGCCAGAUGGUAGUGCCCCAGAAGUACAGCGACAAGAUCCCCAACGGCGCCCCUGGCAGUCCCACCAAGGACGGACGAGGAAGGAACGGUAGUCCUGUACUGCGUAGCUCCCAGAACUACCCAGUGCGACGACCCAUCUCCCGUGACGAUGUCAGUAGCACUGAUUCCUCCGAUGUCUCCGAUACAGAGCAGUCGACUUCUUUCCAGAGCGGCGCAUCAAGCUCCUUCCCAGACUCCAUACCUCCCUCGCCAAUGCUCGUGUCGAGGGGCAUACACACCCACACACUGAACUACAUCUCCACCAGUCAGCCGCAGUCGCCCAGCACCUACUCGCUCCUGCGCCGCACCUGCAUUCGUACCUUGUCUACCGAAGUCCUUCCUCUCAGUAAGCCUUCGGGCCCCAUCAUGUUUGGAGAUUCGGUUGCCGGCUACACCAUUGCCUACGUCUUCCGUCUGCAGGACCCGCGUUCGCGAGGAGCUAAGCGCACCUACGCCUUUAUUGCCAUGGCUGGUCGCGACUACCGGAGAGCCACCAAGGCCAUGGUCAAGAUCAUCGAGGCAUUCGAAGGUAUCGCCAACCGCAUCAUCUCCCUGGCCGACAGAGUCCUUGAGCGCGAAAGCGCAGCAUCGCACAGUCUUUCACGUCCGACCACAGCAAUCUCCGGCAGCACGCCUCCCCUUGGAACUUCCGCCUCUUCAAUGCCUCCAAACUUUUCCUCGGGCCACAAGGAACGAACCUUUUCCACGGCAAGCACACCCAACUUCCGCAACAUCACACCCGUCUCCUCCUUCCUGUCUGCGAAGAAGGUCGACCCGGAUGGCUUUCCUCGUGUCUCUCGCGAUGUGAUGAAGGCAAAGAGUCUCGUCGAGAUCGUUGGCCAGGAGAAUUUCUUCGUGGACCUUCAUGGCCUCUUCUGCCAUCUUCUGCACUCCCUCAUUAAGCAGUUCGGAUGAUCGCUUCUCUUCCGUUGCUUUGCUCCGCUGAUACGUUUUCUUUCCUCUUCUUUGCAUGUCUUAUUUGUCACUUUUUGUCGUGCGUUAUAGCGUCUUCGUUGUCCGUUACAUUGUGCGUUUGAGCACAGGCGUUGGGUCAGGUGCGAUUACUUCAAAGACGUUCUUGUCUAGCUUCGCCGCGUAGAGUCGUCGAAGCCGAAGUAGCUUUAUACCCUUUUCGAGAUACCCAGGCUUCUCUUACACAUUAGAGACGUGGACUCAACUUCACAACGGCGUUUUGGGGCGAAGAACUGGGGAUGAUGGUGAGGAUACCAUGUGAUGAUCGCGUUAAGACAUGAUCAUGAAAUCGAUGGCGUGAUGGCCGUGAUGAAU